AUUUGGCUAACGGGUUGGAGUCACAACGGUACUUUACUACAGGAGAGAAUAUACCGUAUCAAUCCAACCAGGGACAAGAAUACCGCGGGAAAAAAAAUAUCCUUUUCAAGAGAUACAAUUUGGUCUGUUGAUAACUUGAAGUUUAUCCUUGGCUUGGAGGAGAGUGGCAAGGUCAACCAUGAUCACCUUGCUCCUACUGUGUGUGUGUCUUCCCUUCAUCACCUCAACUAUAUCAUUUGAAGACCCCGGCGAUAUCGACAGUAACCUGAGUGUCAGCAUUCCCGUGGAGGUGCCGCUGCGCCCUCUGAUGGGCACCAAGGUGGUUGUGCCCUGCUACUUCCAGGACAACAUGGUCAACGACCCCGGCGCACCCACUGUCACCCCCCUGUCCCACCGCAUCAAGUGGACCUACGUCACCAAAGGCAAGGCCACCCUCAUACUGCUGGCGUCAGAGGGCAAAGUUCACGUGGAGACGGAGUACCUAGACCGGGUCACCAUGGUCAACUACCCGCUGGUGCCCACCGACGUCACCAUGGAGAUCACAGAACUGCGUGCCAAGGACUCAGGCACUUAUCGCUGUGAGGUCAUGCACGGCAUCGAGAAUAACUAUGACUGGGUGGACAUCCAGGUUCAAGGUAUUGUGUUCCACUACCGAGCCAUCUCGACGCGCUACACUCUGAACUUUGAGAGGGCCAAGGCUGCCUGUAUCCAGAACAGUGCCACCAUCGCCACCCCAGCACAACUACAGGCUGCCUUUGACGAUGGCUUCCACCAAUGUGACGCCGGGUGGCUCUCUGACCAAACAGUCAGGUACCCCAUCCAUGAGCCUCGUGAGGGUUGCUUUGGAGACAAGGAUGAGUUCCCGGGAGUGCGAACCUACGGCUUGAGAGAGGUCAACGAGACCUAUGACGUGUACUGCUUUGCACAGAAGAUGUCAGGCAGAGUGUUCUACUCCAUGUCCGUGGAGAAGUUCACCUUCUACCAGGCAAUGGACCAGUGUGCCAAACUAGGGGCCAAGCUGGCCACCACAGGGCAGCUGUACCUGGCCUGGAAGUCUGGCAUGGACGUGUGUAACGCGGGCUGGCUGGCAGACGGAAGCGUCCGCUACCCCAUCAACAUUGUCAGGCCCCAGUGUGGUGGAGGACUACUGGGAGUGAGGACCGUGUACCUGUUCCCUAACCAGACAGGCUACCCCUACCCGGACUCCCACUAUGAUGCUAUCUGCUACCAAGAGGACGACGGUGCAGUCAAGACCACCCCGUUCCCAGAGGUGGCCACCAUCACAGCCAGUCCUAUGGUCUAUCCAGGGCUAACCACCGCCCCUGAAACUGAGGCAAGGGGGGAGGUGCUGACCCAAGCCCUCCUGGACACCAUCACCAUGGCACCGACCUUACCCGUCCCACCCAGUGUGACUGACACGGUUACGAAGGUUACCCCGGUCGUUGGGGAAGAGAUCAUUAGCAGGGUGACAGCUAAUCCUGAUGUGGGCUUCGAGUUCCCUCAUGACAAUGACACUGCCAUGGCUCCUACAGGUGUGGUGUUUCACUACCGUGCUGACUCCAGUCGCUAUGCCAUGUCCUUUGUGGAAGCCCAGAUGGCCUGUCAGAGUGUGGGUGCGGUCAUCGCCAGCUCCCAGCAGCUACAGGCAGCCUACGAGGCAGGGCUCCACCACUGUGAUGCAGGCUGGCUCAGGGACCAGACUGUCAGGUACCCCAUCCUGUCUCCCAGAGAUAAGUGUUCAGGCAACCUGGAGAAUGUCCCAGGGGUGAGGUCCUAUGGCCUGAGACCGGCUACUGAGCAAUAUGACGUCUACUGCUAUGUGGACCGCCUCAAGGGGGAGCUGUUCUAUUCCAGUGACUAUGACAGCUUCUCCUAUGAGGAGGCCGUAGCCCAAUGCCAGAAGCUCAACACCACGCUAGCCACCACAGGGCAGCUCUAUGCCGCCUGGAGACAGGGCUUCGACAAGUGCCGUCCAGGCUGGCUGCAGGAUCGCAGCGUCCGCUACCCCAUCCAUGUCCCAAGGCCCCACUGUGGAGGCGGCAAGGCCGGGGUACACACCAUCUACGCCUUCCCCAACCAGACAGGAAACCCAGACCAGCACUCCAGAUACGAUGCAUACUGCUUCAGAGCAGAACGUGUGAUAAUUCACACUGAAACCAGACUCAACGUUACUCUAGUUGUCAAGGAGGAAAUGAUCAACAUGACAACCAGAAUAGACAGCCUGAUGCCUGUGAGCCCCGUCAAGCCACCUGUCUCUGUGGAUGUGUCUGGUUCAGCCUCAGCUGAUCAUUCUGCCAGUGGUAGUGGCAGUGGAACGCCUGGCCAUAGUGGAUACACAUCUGGUAGGGCAAGCGGCGAGGGCUCAGGGUCUGGCUUCCAAGUCACCUUCGUGGGCAGUGGACCUGUCUUGUCCGGCUCUGGCUCUGGAGAUCCUCAGGAGGCGGGAGAGGGGAGUACCACUGUCACCUACCUCCCGAAAGUCGGGUCUGGGGAUAGUGGGUCCGGGGUGGGAGAGUUCAGCGGGUCUGGGGAUAGUGGGUCCGGGAUGGGAGAGUUCAGCGGGUCUGGGGUUAGUGGGUCCGGGGUGGGAGAGUUCAGCGGGUCUCGGGAUAGUGGGUCCGGGGUGGGUGAGUUCAGCGGGUCUGGGGAUAGUGGGUCCGGGGUGGGAGAGUUCAGCGGGUCUGGGGAUAGUGGGUCCGGGGUGGGAGAGUUCAGCGGGUCUGGGGAUAGUGGAUCCGGGGUGGGAGAGUUCAGCGGGUCUGGGGAUAGUGGAUCCGGGGUGGGAGAGUUCAGCGGGUCUGGGGAUAAUGGAUCCGGGGUGGAGGUGGGAGAGUUCAGUGGGUCUGGGGAUAGUGGAUCCGGGUUGGGAGAGUUCAGCGGGUCUGGGGAUAAUGGAUCCGGGGUGGGAGAGUUCAGUGGGUCUGGGGAUAGUGGGUCUGGAGUGGGAGAGUUCAGCGGGUCUGGGGAUAGUGGGUCUGUAAUGGGAGAGUUCAACGAGUCUGGGGAUGGUGGAUCUGGGGUGGGGGUGGGAGAGUUCAGCGGUGGGAUACUGUCCAGUGUCCUUCCCCACUCGGGUAGUGGCAGCGGAGUAUCUGGGCACCUGAGUGGUAGCGGGGACUCUGUCAUCAUCAUUGUGGACGGAGAGAUGGUGGACAUCUCCAAACGGCAGCCUACCGGACAGGAGUUUGGAAAAGGAGGUGUGGACAUCAGUGGCUCCGGAGGAAUGUCUGGAUCGUAUAGCCUCUUCAGCGGGGAUGUUACCAGCACCUCUGGUUCCGGAAGUCCUGACAUAUCUUUCACGCAUUCAGGUCUCAUCGACCUGACCGGUCAGCCCUCGGGAGAGCAGGAAGUCUCCGGCUACCAGACCUUCUCUUCUGGGUUUCCAAGCGGUUUCCCCUCCGGUUUUCACAGUGGCUCUGGAUUCCCAUCCAGCAGGGACAAAUCCCAUUCAGGCCACGAGGUCAUCUUCCUGACAGAUGACGUGAUGAUGGAGGUGACGGCACAUCAAGGGGAGCAGCGUCCGGAGCAGGGACGGGGUUACGUAGAGGUCAGUGGAGACAGCAGUAGCCAACAUGAAGGGAGCACCUCGGCCAGUGGGCUCUCCCUGGGGGAGUCACCAUUUGCAGAGGGCCUGUCUGUGGUGCUGCUGCCUGGUUCAACCAUGAGUUACCCAGAGAAUAUUGGCAGUCUUGGCAACAUAGACAGAGGGGAUGAGCUGGAUGUUUUGGAGGAAGGCCAAGAGCAGAAAGGGCAGGGAGGUUCCACGGAAACAAUCUAUGUCACGGCACCAUCGGCAGUCUUCCCUAGCAUGACGACAGCAUCCGCCGUCUCGAUGGUGACUGCUGUGGUGGAGGAGCCUGCUGUAGUGUACGCGGUGCAGGGCUGCGCCGAGGGCUGGGUGGAAUUCAUGGGCAGCUGCUACCUGCACUUUGCUGAGAGAGACACCUGGCCUGACGCUGAGCAGCGCUGCCAAGAGCUUAACGCCCACCUGGUCAGCAUCACCUCCCAACAGGAGCAGGAGUUUGUCAACUCUAACGCUCAGGACUAUCAGUGGAUUGGACUCGAUGACAAGGACGUGCAGAAUGAGUUCCGCUGGACAGAUGGCAGUCCAUUGGAAUUUGAGAACUGGAGGCCCAACCAGCCGGAUAUCUACUUUAACUCUUGGGAGGACUGUGUGGUGAUGAUCUGGCACGAGAACGGCCAGUGGAACUACGUGCCCUGCAACUACCACCUGCCCUUCACCUGCAAGAGUGGACCUGUCAUGUGCCACUCGCCCCCAGAGGUGGCCAACGCCAGGCCGAUGGGCAGCAGAAGAGACCGUUACCCUGUCAACUCUAUAGUCCGCUACCAGUGUGACGCAGGCUUCACACAGCGCCACCCGCCUGUUGUACGCUGCCGUCCAGACGGGCGGUGGGAGGAGCCCCAGGUGGAGUGUAUAGAACCCGGUGCCACACCCAGCAACAAGCUACACAAGAGGUCCAUCAGGAGACGGUCUAAAGCAGCCAACAGUCGGUCAUGGAGGAAGCUUCUCUAAGCAGGACUGAAGGGACACACUAAAAGAGAACCAAAUGGAGCACUCUUGCAUAUAAACGUUGAUACUCAACAUUCCCACCAGGGAUGGAAAUGGAAAACAAGUUACCCCAAAAAUCCUUGAAAUCACUUAAAGCAAUUUUUUUUUACAUGUCAAAAUGAUUUCAUUCCCCAAUUUCCACCCCUGAUUCCCGCCAUAUGUGUGUAUAUAUAUAUAUAUAUAGUACCAGUCAAAAGUUUGGACACACCUACUCAUUCAAAGG